AUGGCCACCAUAGCCAGUAACAUGGAAGAGAGGAAAUCAACGCCUAAUAGCAACCUUAUAAGUAAUUUGACAUUUAGUGAAGUGAAAAAUUGCAUUGAAGAAGCAAUUACCACUUUAGUCAAGAGAAAAGCCCGCGCCGAUGACGACAAUAUUAUUAAGAUGUUACAGAAGCGAUUUCGAAUACCCGCACAGACAACAAUUAAAAUUUUAUCCAAAUUAGUAGCUGAUGGUAAAAUACGCAAAGAUAGCAGCCGUAGUGGUGGAGUUAAAUAUCGUAUAGCCAAUCGUAUUAAGCCUAGGAAGAAAAGAUCAUCAUCAUCAGCCAACAAUGAUCGACCCCCCAAUCCCAAAGCGAGUAGUAAAAGUUAUGAACAUCAUCAUAGUAGCAACAAUCACGACAAUGUCGCUAGUAGCAAUUUACGUCGUAAAGGAUAUGUUAUUAAUACCGCGGAAUUAACUCGAAUGAUCUACAAUUGCUUGGUUUCUUGUCCCAAUCCUGAUGUGGGGGUUCACUUAAGAUCCAUUGAGAAAUAUAUAUCAAGCCAUUAUCAAGGUGUACUAUUACGUAAGCACGUUAAAAUGGCUUUGAAAAGAGCGAUUAAUAGCGGCAAAAUACAAAAAAUUGACAAAUUGUAUUAUAGGAUUAAUCCAGAAGUUGUCAGUACCUUGGAAUUGGAUGAUUUGGUUUUAACUUUUAUAGCUAAUAAUCCAUCAGGAGUAUUUUUUAAGGAAAUUGUGAAAGAAGUUUCAAAUGAGCAUUCUGGUGCUCUCUUAGCUCGCUAUAUACGCCGAUCACUCGAUCAAGCAAUCCAAAACAAACUAGUUAUGAAAAAUAAAGAUAAUCGUUAUGUUAUAAUUGAAAAGCAAGCGGCCAAUAUUAUUAAUAAGAAUGUUCAAAUCAGUAACCAAGACCAAGGCGACAAAUGUUAUUUAUGUCUACAAGUUUCUAGUCCUAUUCUUGAUGAUCAGGGUGACGUGAUUAUAUUUUGCUCCGAUUGUAGAAGAAAAGGAUACAACUAUCACCUAAUUACCAAAAUAUUAGCCUCAGAUAAAUGGCAAUGCAAUGAUUGUAAAAUUUGUUUUGUUUGUCAAGAAGCUGGUCGUCCGGAUAGCCUUUUGUUGUGCGAUGCCUGUGAUAAAGGUUGUCAUAUGGAAUGUACAGAUCCUCCGCUAUCUGAAACUCCGAAAGUAAUGAAAGCGUAUGUCUUGAAAAUAGGUCAAUGGAUCUGUCAUUGUUGUCGUCGUGAUGAUACUUACGAAGAAAGCGGUUUAUCGACUUCUUAUAAUAAUGUAUCAAACUACGGCAAUGCAACAAAUGGUGGGUAUUGUACCGAAUCAUCCCCCUCGGCUAUGUAUAAAUCAAAGAAACUCAUAUCAAGACGAAUUAUUGAAAAAUUAACUGAUGCAAUACAGGAUCUUCCCAAUCCGCUGGAAUGGAAAGUGUCCGAUGUAGCAUUAGUUUUUCAAAAGCUCGGUUUUGCUGAAUUUAGCCAUGUAUUUUUAGUUCAGGAGAUUGAUGGCAAAGCACUUUUCCUGUUAAAUAGAUCAGACGUUAUAUCGGCCUUGGGACUAAAAUUAGGACCGGCUUUAAAAAUAUUUUCGUAUAUUGAUAUUCUGCAAUCAACUAUGGUACAAUCAUUAGGCGUAUACUUGAAAUUAAUCUCCCAUACUGUUUGUGCAGCUUGUAAAAUUGCCAUUCUAUUGACAUUUGUUAUUUGUUCGCGACUGAUGAACAAGAUAUGUAAUGCGUAA